CACGAACUCACGAAUGCGUUGGCCGCUGGGAGAAGGAGCAGUUCCGCUCUCUCGUUUGGGUGGACGACGAGGAAGAGGAGGCCAACGCCCACAGCAACAGGCGACCAGCCCGCGAAGACGUGGCACCAGGAUAGGUGCUCCUGUCCUGAGCUUCAAAUCCGCACCCCGCGGCCAAGCUGUUACUUGCGCUGCGGCCUUAGCAUGAGGUGGCCGCUGGCGAUCUCGACUCGCCGCCGCCCCCUCCUCCUUUUCAUCCUUCUCGUCGUCCUCUACACGAUUCCUGGGACAUUUUCAUCGAGGCAAGUCACACUCGAUACUGUUGAGAUAUUUUCUACUCAUGAAUGGUUUGGCAAACCAACAGUCGUUUUCGGGUGCAAUGGAGAGAAUAAAACAGAUUUGCCAGAUGUGAGGGAGGUGCACACGCUAUAUACCUUUAAGGGUGAAGAAUCAUGGCAGCCCUUAACAGAGCUUCCAGAAAAGAAAUGCAAGCGAUGUGGUUUGUAUGAGGAGGACACAAUUACACCUGAUGAUGUCUUUGAUGAAUGGGAGAUGUGUUCGAGUGAUUUCAAGGGUGGGAAAUACACCCGGUUUAAGGAAGGCCAGUUCAAUGCAACAUUCCUAUGUCCAAACUGCACUGCCUCAACUGGACAUGGAAACCGUGAACCUAGUGAAGAUUUGGAAACUAAGAAGACAUCUGUUGUGGUCAUCAUAAUAGUUAGUGUUCUUGCAUCAGUCCUUCUCACCAUUGCCUUGUUCGGGGGCUACAAGUACUGGCAGAAGAAGAAGCGGGAGCAAGACCAGGCGCGAUUCCUCAAACUCUUUGAAGAGGGAGAUGACCUUGAAGAUGAACUGGGCCUUACCAAUGAACUCUAAAACAGUGCUACAGUCUUACUUCCUAUGUUUUCAGAUGUAGUUUCCACGUAUGAUGUAUAGGAUGUUUGGUUUUCACUGAUUUUAUUGUGUAUAGCAUCCAGUAGUUUAUAGAGAAAUGAUUCCAACAAAACUAUGAUUCGGUUGAAUAUCUGCACGGACCGUUCGGUCGUGCAGGGCUUUGCCUACGAGACUUGUGGCAGGCUUAGUGCGAUUCCGGACUGUUCGGCGUAAGGUGCCGGACGGGCCGUUGGAGGACGGUUCGGCCGUGUCCAGAGCCGAUGUACCAUACAGUGAGGAUGGUGAUAUCAUUUUCCCCGGAUAUGAGUUUAUCGA